AUGGGAAUCAAACUCCCUCAUCCCGCGUUAGGGGUUAUAGUACCAGCAUGCCUUAUUGAGUUCAUAGGUCAUAGCGCCCACUUCUUUAUCUUCAAACACUACUUCUCAACCAAGAAACAAAUUCUCUUUGAAUGUUUUCUCGCCAUGAUUUGGAUAUCAUAUUAUAUUGCCAUCAAGAAAGACCCGGGUCAGGCACCAAGCGACUAUAAGUCAGUGUCAGGAGAAUGGAAAAGAUGGUGCAAGAAAUGCGAAGCUUACAAACCAGAAAGAACCCAUCAUUGCAAAACUUGCAAGAAAUGUGUAUUAAAGAUGGAUCAUCACUGUCCGUGGACUGCAAAUUGUGUGGGAUAUAAAAAUAUGCCUCAUUUCAUGAGAUUCUUGUUUUGGGUCGAUUUUACCACCGGGUUUGUGUUUGUUGAAUUAUUCAAAAGAGGGUGGCAAUUUUGGGAAGAAAGAAAUUAUCCUGCUUAUAUGUUUAGAAAGUCAGAGUUAGUUUUUUUGAUGAUACUAAUUAUGAUGGAUGGGUUUGUAUUUUUAUCUGUGGGGUUAUUGACCUUAAAAUGCAUGAUUCAUAUUACUUCAGGAAUGUCACAAAUUGAAACAUGGGAAUGGGAAAGAGUGGAAUCUCAGCUACGAAGUGAGAGGUUUUGGCAUAGAAUUAGAAAUAACUAUCAGAAUUUACACGGGAAACCCAUGCCAAAAUUAAAAUCCAUUAGGGCCGAACAAUAUUUCUAUUAUAAUGACAGUGAUGCCGCAAAAAAAUCGGAUCAUUGGUUAUUUUCCAUUGAUGAUAUUGUCUUCCCUUAUGACAUAGGAUUUUGGAAUAAUAUUGUAGACCAGUUGAAUUAUCCUUGGCUUUGGCUACUACCUUGGACUGGGCCCAAAGGUGAUGGCAUACUUUUUGCAAAAACAGAUUUAUUAGAAGAAGAUCAGCUCGGGUUGCCUUGGCCUCCAGAUGGUGGGCACCAAGUUAUUGAAGAACUCGAUUUCGAGCCUGAGGUGGACCAUGAUGCUAAAGAAUCCUACAUUUUUAAAAGCAGAAAAGAUUUGAAUAGAAAGGAAUGGAUAAAUAACAUGGGGGAGAAGUUAACCGAUUAUGGAGUUGAUGUGGAUGUAGAAGCAGAAGAACCACUAGAGUCAGUACUUAAAGAGAAAAGCGGAUGA